AUUCGCCUAUGUGGCUACACAUACCUGCCAAGCAAAGGGACUUUAAAUGCGAAUCUUGCCAUGUUACAGAGUAACGUUUGCCGUAGAGUAUUCGGAGAGUGGAAGCUGACGUUUACAAUUAAGACGAGUCUCGUGAUAGCCGUACACUGCAGUUGAAUUUAGAUGCCGAUAUAGUAAGUCUUGUCUUAAUUUUUACAAGAUGUCCAACGUUCAGCUUUCUGUCAGCACUUUAGGAAGACUGGCCGUGAGGAGGACCUUCCCCCUGCACCAUAGGGAUUCACAGGCACACUCGAGCGUUCGCCGAAGUCUUUUUGGACCGGUUGAUCACGUAGAGCUUAAUCGGGAAAUUAAGUCUAAACUGCGUGAAAUUUCCGAACGAGAUCAGAAGAGAUGGAACUUCAACUUCGAUGCUGGCACUCCGCUGCACGGGGAUUACGAGUGGGAGGAAACCGCAGUAGAAGCGUCGCCAGCAUUCUACCAGGAAUCAGUGCACGUAGGUAGGAACAGGCUUGCGCGGCUGGAAGAGCACAGCGCGGAGACUUGUGUUGGAGACCGCGCUGGAUCUGCUGAGGAGCGUUUUCUUCUACCCGACCGAAGAAACGCAGAGAACAGUGCGGGUAACGUCAACUCAGGAAAGCCGACCUGCAAACCCGUCCUAAGGGACCGGCGAAAAAGAACCGAGUCGCUGACUACGACUCGCAUUACAGAUUUCUAUGUAAGGCGAAGGAACGCCGACUGUUUGAAAGAGCGUGAAAGUGUCUGCCAAAAGUCGUUCCCUUCGGCCGCUGAUGAGCAGACUCCACGGAAACGAAUUCGAUAAAGGUCUUCCUACCGCUGAUGGUUGAGGCAAGGCUUUUCUUGGCCCUUCAUUGCUGGAACAUCCAGAGGACCGUGAACGCCAGAGCAUCGCGUGCUCAUACAGUGACAAGCCAAAUAUAAUUUAAGUUCUCAGGACUAUUGCAAUAAACUCCAUAGGUUUGCCUUAGUGUGAGAAACUGCUGAAGAAUGUGCAAAAUUGUAGCAGAAUGGUUGUUUUCCUAUAGCCUACAUUUUACAGACAACAAAAUAGUCUGUGAUUAUCACCUAGAUUACACUUAAAUUUCAAGUUGGUCUAUGAUGUAGGCUACUUUGGCCUACUGGUUUCCAUGCUGUAGUGUUAAUGUAAGUUUGACUGUCCAGUUGCUGAACAGCCAUGCAAUCAUUUAUUUUUCUCUCUUGUUGAAACUGAGCCUUUAAAUGUGAAAUUCUUGAUUUAUUUGGUUUUGCUCAUCCAUGUAGCUAUAUGUAAACCAUAGCCAUUAAAAAGAUGAUCUAUGUCAGUGUUGCACCAUAUUCUGUGAAAUUUAUAAGAAAAAUCCACCUGUUCUUGCUCAGAAAUUUGAUUAGCUCUUUAACCUUUCACUGGCACUGAGAUUUGAGCAUGAGCACUAAUACUUACCAUGACUGUUUUUCAAUGUUCAGUUUCCUUACAGCUUUGUAAUAAUCAACUGGAUGUCUUAAAACUGCAUCACCAAGUCUGUAGUUUUCCUUUAAGUACUGGUUGUGAAUUAUGUUCACGUGCAAGCAGUGGAGAGCAAGCCUAGAUCAAACAUUUUUCUCAACUUCCUUCCAUGAUCUGAAGGCAAGACUGCUCAACCAGAGUUAAUCUUAGUAAAGUGGAGGAAAUGAACAAAUUGUACACAUUGGUGAAAUGAGUAAAGCUUUACAAGAAAAGAUUAGACCUUUGGGCUAACUGUUUAAUCUUUGUGGUGUUUUUGUAAAUGCAUGAAUAUAUUGUAAAGGACAUUUUAACUUAAUUUAUUUAUGUUUCACUGUAGAUCUCUACUCAGAGUUGCCUUUGAUUUCUUUAUUUUUGCUAUCAGAAUUGUAGCCUAGCUUUUCAAUGUAGCAUUCACCCUUACAAUGGGGCCCAUCUUACUUCUGAGCCAUUUUGUCACUGUUCAUUAAUAAAUUUUGUAAGAUAAUGUA